AUGGGGAACUCCUAUGCAGGCCAGCUGCGGACUACACGCUUUGAGGAGGUCCUUCAUAACUCCAUUGAGGCAUCACUGAGGUCCAACACCAUAGUGCCACGGCCUGUCUUCUCUCAGCUGUAUCUGGAGAGUGAGCAGCCAUUGGCACACGAUGGCCGAACAGAGAAUGAUGACGAGGAUGAUGAAGAUGGCUCAGAAUCUAACAGCCCUCCAAUACCCUAUCAGAUGAAACCCCCACCUGAGGGAUGCUGCACCACUGACGGCUUCUGUCAGGCAGGCAGGGACCUGCGUCUGUCGUCGCUGGCAUCAGAUUCCCUAGAUGUUCCCCCUGGGUUUAUGCUAGUUGGAGUAAAGUCCCCCUCCCUCCCUGAAACCCUGCUGGUGUGCGCUGUGGACCGCCGCUUCCUGCCGGAUGAACGGGGUCGCAACGCUCUGCUGGGUUUCUCAGGGAAUUGUAUGGGCUGUGGAGAGAAAGGGUUCCGCUAUUUCACAGAGUUCUCAAACCACAUUAACCUGAAGCUCAGCACCCAGCCCAAGAAACAGAAGCACUUAAAGUACCAUCUGUACCGAAACAACCAGGGCGUGUUGGUCAAAGGAGCUCCCAUCUGCUGGAGAGGACAUGAUGGUAGAAUGAGACAGAUAGGGUCCAACCCCUCAGAAGGCCAUGUGACAUCAGAUGAACAGCCACCAAACCUGGCAUUAACUCACCCAUCACACACACCUGGCAGCUACACAGCAUCAUCACAUGUAGACCCAAUUGGUCUGCCGCAAAUCGCUGAUGUCCCCCACUCACUGACUAAUGGCAACCAUGCUGUUCCCUCCAUUGCCCAGCCACCUUUAAAUCAAUCAGGGCCUGGGAGACCCUCAGCUACAGGUCCCCAUACAAAUGCUGGACCCCCCAAAAAGAGGCACAAGGGUUGGUCACCAGAGUCAUCUGCCAACAGCCUGCCAGAGAGCACUGUAAAGACACAACCAUCUUCAUCAGCCUUACCUACAUUAUCUGUGUCCUCUGCUGCCACAAAUGGAUCCAGAUCAGAGACUGCAGUUCCAUUGAGUUCCUCGCAGGGGUCCUUAACCCCACUCUCUCCCCCAGGGCUGUCUGUAACAGUGCCCAAUCAGCUUCUACACACCUGCGGACUGCAACCUGUCAUCUUCAAAGGUCAUGGUCCUCUUCCUCAGCUGACUGGCAAUGUCAGUGAAGUGCUCGUCAGUUCUCUUCUCCAGAGUUGUUACCUGAGCUCCCAGACACUCCCCAGAGUCUACCAGCACUAUGGACCAUCACCCAUUCAGCCACUCUCGACUGAGAUGCAGAUUCUACUUACUGUCUACUACCUUGUUCAGCUGGGUCCUGACCAAGUGCCCCUGAUUGAGGACUUGGAGCAGAUAUUCAUGAGGUCAUGGAGGGAGUCCCAUCUCAGUGAAAUCAGACAGUAUCAACAGCCUCAAACACCAGUCUCCCAAGGGAGGCACUAUGGCUUAGAGACCCCCUCCACCGUGCCUGGGUUGCCCCAGCAUCUCUCCUUACCUCCCCAGAGCCAGCAACCACUGACCCCUAGCCAGCUCCCUUGGCUCGCCCAGCUGGCUGCAUCGUCCUGUGGAGAAGGUGUGGUGGUAUUAGGAGAGCAGGUCACAUCUUUGUCUCAAGGCCUUCAACAAACAUUCAGCAGGUUAAUGGAAGGACGGUUUGAAAACACCAGCUACGUAGUCAUCAUUGUAACUGCACCAGGACAGGAAACACAAUCCUGUGUGGUAGUCACAGGUAAACACCAGUGUCGUGCCUUGGCAGAGAGUAUGUACUCUCCCAGUGAGGGUCUGAGAGAAAUCAACCACCAGCUCUCUACUGGUGUUGCCCAGGAACUCAUCCACUACUGCAAUUCCCUCGGACAAGAUGGGGAUAUGGAUUCCCUCCUGGAUAGCGCCACUGUCGACAGCAACCAGCCAUCUCCUUUAUCGAGCAGUCAAGAAUCAGCUGAAGAGAGGACUCUCAAAAACACACAUAGUCCAAAGGAUUCACAUACACAGUGUUCAAAAGACUCACCCAGUCCUAAAGAAGCACCAAGUCCGAAAGACUCCUGUUCAGAAUACUCUGUUGAAUGGCGUGAAGUUCGACCAAUCCAGCUGGCCGUAGCCAGAAAGCUGCUGUCCCAUGUUUGUGCCAUAGCAGACUCAAGCACACAGAACUUGGACCUUGGCUCCUUUGACAGGGUCAGCUUUCUCAUCCUGGUCCCACCCUCCGAGGUCACAUUUCAACAAACUGUUCUCCACCUCUGGAGCUCUGGUGUCCUUCAGGAGCUUGGGGGUUUAGACCAGGAGUGUGUGUCUCAGCGGGACGCUGUGCGUUAUGUGGUCAAGAUGGAUCAAAGCGCACAGGCGCGCAUUGACAGCCUCAUCGAGGAAGCACACAGCAAUUCUUAUACUCUUUACAUCCUCGUCCAUGACCAUGCUCACUGGGACAUUAGCAGUGCAUCCUACAGUAGCUCAGACGGUGGUUUGGGUCUGGUAGACCAGCUUUUAAACUCCAGACAGGUCAGAGAUGCUCCCAACAUCCUGAUUCUCCACGUCACAUCCUUCCCCUUCGCUCUGCAGACGCAGUACACCCGCAUCAGCCCUUACAAUGAGAUCCACUGGCCCUCUGCAUUCAGUAAUGAUGUGGACCUGUAUCACGAGAGAACGCGGUACUUUGGUGUGUCAGAGCUUUUAGAUUCAACCCGUUCAGGAAGCAGUCUGCCUCUUAUGCGUUAUGAUUCCUCUUUUGAAAGCAUGGUAUCUGCCUUGGAAGAGAGGUUCCCUAAGCUGCACAGUGCUGUGAUUCGGACGACAGUUCUGAUCCAACACUACUGCGUAGCUCUUAUGGCUGCAUCUGGCAAAAUCAGCGGCUCCCACAAUCUCCACAAACACACCUCUGUGGAGACCCUGGAGAUUGUACAAUCACUACUUACUGCUGCCCAGCAAUGCCCCGCCCACCACGGUCACAUGGUCCUGCUGCGGAUCCCCUCUUUGGCUCUGGCAGCUUGGGCCCACCGACGGCUGUCCAGAGUGAGGAGGCAGCUGGGUCUGGAAGAGAAUUUUGAAAUCAUACUGGGGAACCCCAGCCAAGCUCUGAAUAUUGGACAAAGCUUUACUGAUCAGAUCAAGACAUGGCUAAAAAUCCAAGAUGCUGACUGGGUUCCUCAUACCUACCUGGAGCUGGAAGCUCUUCCCUGCAUCCUGAUCCUGUCGGGAGCUGAGCCACUAGGAGAAUCAUUACCCAGGUCACUGAAGUACUGUGACCUUCGUGUGAUAAGCUGCUCCUAUCUUCAUCGUACCACACUUGAACAAGAGCUAGGACUAGCUGCUUACCUGGUGAGGGCAGAAUCACGACCCCCACACAACCAGGGGCCAGGAAGCGACCUGCUGGAGAGUGACGCAGAAAAACUCAGCAGCACUGACAAUGAGGAGGAGGAGGGACAGGAGAAUGGGGACUCCCCUCUUUCAUCCAGCCAGCCGCACCAGUCAUGCCCAGACAAUGGAGUGUUAGAUCCCUUCCCUGCCCAAAGUAACACCUCUCCUAAUGUCCAGAAAAACACAAUGGACACCAUCCAGUCUCCCUCACAAACCCAGACUCAACUUCAGCCCCAGCCUUCAUCUCAGGCUUUUUCAUAUCCUCAACCCCCACUUCACCACCAAACCCAGACUCAAGUGCAAAGUUAUACCCAAGCCCAACCAGUUUCCCAGCCCCAAAGUCAAAAUCAGCCAUCAUCUCAAACUAAUUCCCAGCCUCACUUGCAAACACUCUCCCAACACCAGUCCCUCUCACAGAUGCAAAUAUCGCACCCUCAUACUCAACCGCUGCCACCUGCCCAUUCUCGUCGUCAACCCUCCAAAUCCACCUCCUCUGGCUCCUUGUCCCCCCGAGCCUCCUCUCCUCAUCUAAGCUGCUCCUGGGCACGGGGAGUGAGUCGCCCACCUUCUGUGCUCCUUCCUCACGCUCUCUACGACAUUAUCACAGCCAGUGACAACAGCGGGCUUCCACGAUGUACCUCAUUCCUGCCACACAUGUCUGUCGCAUGGGCAAGCAGCUUCAGACCCUUGCUGAGUAAGAUGAUGACAUGUACAGAACAGUCACUGUAUUAUCGCCAGUGGACAAUCCCCCGCUCUUUCCACAUGGACAGCAGCAAUCGCACUGAGGGACGAAGUGACAAUUUUCACCCUCGUAGACUGCUCCUCAGUGGACCCCCACAGGUGGGUAAGACAGGAGCGUACCUGCACUUCCUGGGUAUUUUGUCUCGGAUGCUGAUCAGGCUGAUGGAAGUGGAUAUCUAUGAUGAAGAGGACAUAAACUUCAGUACCCAGGCAGAGGGGGUCCAAUACAACCCACCCAAUGCCUCCUGGCCCAACCCGGACAUUAUAAGGACAAUGCCCUUUGACUACACCAUCCAUGACCCCAAAUAUGAUGACAUCAGCACAGUCUAUUGUCCUGGAUAUAAACCUGGUGCUGACGGAAACCCUGUGCGGCAGGAGGAUGUAUACCUACGUAGGCGGACAUCUAGGAUCAAGCUGUCUAAAUAUGCAGCAUACAACACCUAUCACCACUGUGAACAGUGUCACCAGUACUUGGGCUUCAACCCCAGAUACCAGAUGUAUGAGUCAACACUGCAUGCCUUCACAUUCACUCAUCUGCUGCUUGGAGAAGAUAUCCAGCUGUAUUUCAUCAUCCCAAAGUCUAAAGAGCACUACUUUAGCUUCAGCCAACCUGGAGGCCAAUUGGAGAGCAUGCGGCUGCCCCUCACUUCAGAUUGGAGCCCAGACAGUAUCAAGAGUCCAAUCUUCACCCCAACCACCGGCCGUCAUGAGCAUGGUCUGUUUAACCUGUACCAUGCAAUGGAUGGAGCCUCACAUCUACAUAUCCUGGUGGUCAAAGAGUAUGAAAUGGCCGUCUACAAGAAGUACUGGCCCAACCACAUCAUGCUGGUGCUGCCUACAGUCUUCAAUGGAGCUGGAAUAGGUGCAGCUCACUUCCUGAUUAAAGAACUGUCGUAUCACAACUUGGAGCUGGAGCGUAGUCGACGGUUGGAGGGAGGGGGCCCAGCAGGUGAUGUCUGGCCCUUCAUCAUCCUGGCUGAUGACUCGUGUGUGAUGUGGAAUGCAGUGGACCUCGACGCACGCAAUGGUCCAGUGGAGCACGCUGUGUCACUGAAGCAGGUUUUACAGCACAUGGAGGCCUGUCCAGACCUGGCACACUACGGACUUUGUGGCAUCAGGAAGUGGAGCAGUCGUGGACUCACAGGUAAUAAACAAAGGGAGCCUUUCUCCAGAGGUCACCUUCAUGAUUUCCUCCUCCUCAAUGUCGACCGGAGUCAGAACGUCCAGUACGACCAGAACCGCUUCACCUGUCACGAUGUUGACUUCACCCUGAGACUACACAGUGCUGGACUGCUCAUAUGCCGGUUUAACAGCUUCAGUGUCAUGAAGAAGCAGAUCGCCAUUGGAGGAUACAGAACAUUUAUCAUCAAGACAAAGAUGACAGAUGUUCCCACCUCAGUGGGACCCUCGCAGUACAUUUGUGCCCCAGACAGCAAACACCUUUUCUUGGCUACGCCAGCCCAGCUUCUCCUGGAAAAGUACCUCCAACACACCAGCCAGAAGCUGUUUCCACUAAGCACCAAAAACUACACACACCCUGUGUUGUCUGUGGACUGUUUCCUCAACCUGGGACCUGAGGUGACGGUGUGUUUUGUGAGUUCAAGACCUCACUCUGUCAACAUCAGCACCACGGGACUGCUGUUCAGUGGCCUUCUCCUCUGUUUUGCUGACUCCUUUGUCACUCCUGGGUUCCUCAAGAAGUUCACCUUCCUCAAAGGUGCGACUCUGUGUGUGAUUAGUGCAGAUCGUAGCUCUUUGAGGCAGACGGUGGGCAGGCUGGAGCUGGAGGAGGAGUGGAGAUUCAGACUCAGUGACGAAUUCCAGACUGCCAAUGCCAAAGAAGACAGACCGCUCUUCUUCCUGACGGGAAAACAUAUAUGA